CUGGCCCCGGCGCGAUUCGGGCGCCUCAGUCUCAGUCCCGCUGCUUCCUUGUUUACGUGUCUUCCCCGUUGCCAAGGCGACAAGGCCGGACUCCUUCAGCCAAUAGGAGGAGCUGCCCCCUCCCUGCUGCGCCACUGCGCCGACGCCACAAACCGUUGGCCGACCAUUCCGCGAAGGGGUUGCCUAGGGUCGCUUACCUGAUUGGUUACAGUAGAGGCGGACGGAAGCAGAGCCUCGAUUUCUACUGGCCUUCCGUUUGUAGCCACGCCUCCUCGCCCUCCUCUUAUUGGUUUCACUGAGGAGGGGCGUGUCAGAUGUUUUGGGCUCUAUUGGGCUUCCACCUCGGGUCCGCAACCCUCGGGCGCCCUGCCAUUGGCCGUCUGUGGGAAUGGGCGGCGCCGCGCGGGCGCAGGGCCGCGCGGCGGGCGGGGUAAGAUGGCGGAACUGGGGAAGAAGUACUGCGUGUACUGCCUGGCUGAGGUGAGCUCGCUCCGCUUCCGUUGCACCGAGUGUGCCGACAUCGAGCUCUGCCCCGACUGCUUUUCGGCAGGCGCCGAGAUCGGGCCGCACCGCCGAUGGCACGGCUACCAGCUGGUGGACGGCGGCCGCUUCACCCUCUGGGGGGCCGAGGCCGAGGGCGGCUGGAGCAGCCGGGAGGAGCAGCUGCUGCUGGACGCGAUCGAGCAGUUCGGCUUCGGCAACUGGGAGGAUAUGGCUGCUCACGUUGGAGCAUCCCGAACUCCCCAGGAAGUGAUGGAACACUAUGUGAGCAUGUAUAUCCAUGGCAACCUUGGAAAAGCUUGCAUCCCUGACACUAUCCCUAAUAGAGUGACAGAUCACACUUGUCCCAGUGGUGGCCCACUUUCUCCUAGCCUAACCACACCCCUCCCUCCUUUGGACAUAUCAGUGGCAGAACAGCAGCAGUUGGGGUAUAUGCCACUUCGAGAUGACUAUGAGAUUGAGUAUGACCAAGAUGCUGAGACUCUGAUCAGUGGCCUUUCAGUGAACUAUGAUGAUGAUGAUGUGGAAAUAGAAUUGAAAAGAGCUCACGUUGAUAUGUAUGUAAGAAAGCUUAAGGAGAGGCAGCGGCGAAAAAACAUUGCACGAGAUUAUAAUCUGGUGCCUGCCUUUCUUGGGAAAGAUAAAAAGGACAAAGAAAAAGCUCCAAAACGGAAAAUCACAAAAGAAGAAAGGGAGUUGAGGCUAAAACUGAGGCCUCUCUAUCAAUUCAUGUCUUGUAAGGAGUUUGAAGACUUUUUUGAAAAUAUGCACAAAGAGAGGAUACUUCGAGCAAAGAUUCGAGAACUGCAGCGGUACCGGCGAAAUGGAAUUACCAAAAUGGAAGAGUCAGCGGAGUAUGAGGCAGCUAGACAUAAACGGGAGAAGAGGAAGGAGAAUAAAAACAUAGCCAGUUCCAAGAGAGGAAAGGAAGAUGGUAAAGAUGGGGAAUUUGCUGCAAUUGAAAAUCUGCCUGGCUUUGAACUCUUAUCAGACAGAGAAAAGGUACUCUGUAGUUCUCUAAAUCUGAGUCCUGCACGUUAUGUGACUGUGAAAACUAUAAUUAUUAAAGACCAUCUCCAAAAAAGACAGGGUAUUCCUUCCAAAAGUCGUCUUCCCAGUUACUUGGACAAGGUACUAAAGAAAAGGAUUUUAAAUUUCCUAACAGAAAGUGGUUGGAUAUCUAGGGACGCUUCAUGAAACUGAUCUGAAAGCUGAGUCAUUGUGAACACAUGGCUCAUCAUGAGCUAAAUGGCUCUAAUACUUUCUCUCCUUCCCUGAAGAUAGGCUUUUCUUUCUCUGUAAAAUAUGAGUAUUUACUGUCCUGUCCAAAAGGACUCUACAUCGCUGGAUCAUGAAAAAUAUCAAACUGUAACUUCUUGUUUGAUUUCAGAGUUAACUACUUUAAGAUGAAGGAUUUGCUGUUAAAUAUUCAUUGCAGAUGAGGUGAUCAAAUUUUAUUAUAUUUUGGAACAUUAUUGGAAUGGAUAGGUUCUUACUUUGAUUUAUUCAACUCCAGUAGCCAAAGGCUAGUUGUUACACUCUCUACUGUUGAACAAAAGGGUUAAUAAUGCAACACUUGCUUAUUUUGGGGUGGGGAAGCAUUCAUUUGGUGGAGCCUUGCAUGGUGGAGCCUGUCUUGAAGAGACAGCAAUACAUGGUGCUGGUAACCAAACCAUACUUAGAAAAUCCUGAGCUUUGAAGUACAGAACACUUGAAGUGAGCAUUUCUUGAACAGUGAUUAGUUUCCAGCACUCUUUACUCAGUAACAACAAGGACCUGUAGUAUGGUAGAAUGAUGUGAGCACAUAGAAAAUGCAAGAGGAGGUGAAUCAACAGGAUGGGACAAAGACAUGGAAUAUGGUGGAUAAGUUGCUUCCAGUCACUUCCCUCAUGGAACAGAUUAUUUAAGAUUUAUUUUCACACUGAAUGUACUCUUAGGCAGACAACUUAAGGGUCUGUGCUGGCAUAGGCUCUCUAGAAAACUCCUGUGACAGAUAAUUCAAUAGGAACUAAGUGCCUUGCCCCUACUCCGGACACAGGAAGUGGUGGGGGGGGG